UGCGGACGGUGGCUGUUCCUUAAUUGUGUGCUCUGUGCUCUCCUCGCCAUCCCACUCGAGUCCCUGAACACUCCCUUGCGCUCCUCAGUGGCUCGGUUGGCAAGUUAUGUGACUCUUUGUCCAGUGAUAACUGAAGAAUAGCCGCUUGAAAUUGAAUCAGUGCACAAUGAGUUUACCAAAUGGAGUUGACAUGACGAACUUGAUGUCUCAGCAUCCCGUUCUGGGCGCCCUGCCGCCCUCGUUCUUCCUCAGGGCAGCCUCAGAACGCUACCAAAGGACCCCAAAGUGCGCCAGAUGCCGCAAUCAUGGAGUGGUGAGCGCUCUGAAGGGCCACAAGAGAUACUGCCGAUGGCGGGAUUGUGUGUGCGCGAAAUGCACAUUGAUUGCUGAACGACAGCGUGUUAUGGCAGCACAGAAUAAAUCGUUGAAUAAGGUUGCACUGCGGAGACAACAGGCGCAGGAGGAGAACGAGGCUCGUGAACUAGGUUUACUCUACACUGUGCCAAAUCCCAAUUCUGCCGCCUCAGACAAAAUGCCACAUUCUCAAGACAACAUGAGAAGUGCAAGUUCGCCGUCGAGAAAGGAGAGUUCCCGGAAUCAGAGAAAUUCCUCGUUCAACAACAAUGAUUCUCAAAUUGAUCUCGUGAGAUCCACGCGUUUGUCGUCAUCUUACUCGCCGGAAAACACGGAGAACGACGGAAGUCCUGGUCCAAAGCGCACGAGGAUCUCGAAUGAAACAGACAAUGACAACGACACAGGCUCCGAAUCAUCUCCAAGUAGUCCCACAACUUGCCUCAAGGCGAAUCCAUUUUCUUUGCCCAGUCAACUGUCGCCGAUUCAGAGGGGCGCCGCCAGUUCACCCGAGUCGGAUCUCGAUGUCGACUCAGCUCUCGAGAAUGCCACUCCGGAGAAUCUGAGUCUGAAGAAGGAGGACUCCACCUCGCCACCCCCCGGCGGCGCCCCCUGCUCCCUCGAUAACCUCCACGCGCUGCGCUCCUUCACGGGCUCGCAGGGCUUCAUCCCCUACCACCACCACCACCACCAGCAGUUCGUGCCGCAGGACGCGCUGGACGGCAGCAGCUCGCUGUCCAGCCAGUCCCGGUCGCCCGUGAACGUCCUGCUGCGGGUCUUCCCCAACAGGCGGCGCAGCGAAGUGGAGCAACUCCUGCACAGAUUCCGCGGCGAUGUUGUCCAGGCGAUGGAGGCGAUGCUGAACGGCGAGAAUGCUCUGAAUUCCAUCUGGAAUGUUCCAUCAGUGUCUCCGCCCUUUUCCGUGAAGUCCGCCUUCUCGCCCUUAAUACCGCCGGCGGCGUUUGUGUCGGCCGCCGGUGGCCGGUAUCCGUUCAUGCCCCAGCAGCCGGUGGCCACCAAGCGCUUCCUGGCCGCUCCCUACUCAGGCACCGGCUACCUGUCCACGGUGAUCCAGUCGGAGCCGCCGGAGCAGAUUGAGUCGAACGGCUCGAGCGGAGCGACGAGCGGCGGCAGUUCCGGCGGCAACAGCGGAAGCAACGGUCGCGGCGGAACUCCGAGCGGCGGAAGCGAGAACCAGGAGUAG